AUGUGGGGCCCAUUGGGAGAAUGGCCGCUUCCAGGACCGCCUGGCCUGUCUCCCAGCUCUCCCCUGUCGCACUCAGCUCGACCAGGGGCGUCGAACAUCUACAGAGGGCGGGUGGCCCUCCCGAGCUCCACCGGUGCCGCCCACAGAACUCUGGAGGCGGAUCAGUUUUGUCCCACCUGUCCUUACUUCCUGCCCACGUCCGUCGAGGUCACCACACCUGUGGGCAUCCCGGCCAACCUCACCUGCGGCGUCAGGCAGCUCGGGGACAAGAAGGUGUCGUGGAUCAGGCGCAAGGACCUGCACGUGCUGACCACGGGUAACUUCACGUACACGACGGACACAAGGUUCCGUGCGCUGCACCUGCCCGGCUCGCCCUUCUGGAGCCUGGAGGUGGACCGGCCCGCCAUCACCGACUCCGGCCUCUACGAGUGCCAGGUGUCCAC